AUGGAGACUAUCCCAGUAUCAUCUUCUUUGCAGGAACUGCUUGAUCCCAUGUGGGAUUAUGGGAUCCAUCCUCCUACUGAAAGACGGUGUUUCUCUACACCCCAGGUUCAAGCCCAGGAUGAUGAACAACAAACAAAAUCAACGUUUGUUUCUCCAUCCAUCCUGAAGCAACAAAAACAUUUUCCACCAGCUUCAAAAUCUCAGGAGGUGACAAUCAUUCCACCUUUUCAAAACACACUGAAAGUAAAGGCUGGCAACCCCUCUCACAAUGGCCGUGUGUGCAGCACAUGGGGUAACUUCCACUUCAAGACCUUUGAUGGGGACAUCUUUUACUUCCCUGGGGUCUGCAAUUACAUCUUUGCAUCCAACUGCAAAUCUCCCUUUGAGGACUUCAACAUCCAGAUUAGGCGUACAACGGUGGAAAAUGCUACCACAAUCACUCACGUCAUCAUGAAGCUGGAAGGAGCAGUGAUUGAACUGACCCGUGGCUCUGUCCUGCUUGAUGGCAAAUUGGUUCAGAUGCCCUACAGCCAUAUGGGAGUCUUGAUAGAGAGAAGUAACAGCUAUUUGAAAGUUUCUGCCAAGUUAGGGCUGACCUUCCUUUGGAAUGAAGAGGAUGCCCUCCUGGUGGAACUAGAUAACAAAUAUGCCAAUCAAACUUGCGGACUUUGUGGGGACUUCAAUGGAAUUCCAAUUAGCAAUGAAUUUAUUUCAGAGAAGACAAAACUGACUCCCAUACAGUUUGGGAAUAGGCAGAAGAUGGAUGGACCCACAGAGCAGUGUGCUGAUCCUAUUCCUCCCGCUGUUCUGGUGAACUGCUCAGCUGAAUUUGCUUCUAUCUGUGAGACAGUAUUAACCAGUACAGCAUUUACAAGCUGCAAUGCACUUGUGAAUGUUCAGGACUAUAUUGAAAUUUGCAUGCAAGACCUAUGCCACUGUGAUAGCUCUAUGGCCGACUUCUGCAUGUGCAAUACCUUUGCUGAAUACUCCCGACAGUGUGCUCAUGCAGGUGGACAGCCUCUGAAUUGGAGAACCUCAGAACUGUGUCCCAAACUAUGUCCUUUCAACAUGCAAUACCAGGAGUGUGGAUCCCCCUGCUCUGAUACAUGCAGCAACCCGGAACGAUCUGCACUUUGUGAAGAUCACUGUACAGACGGCUGCAUCUGUCCUCCAGGCAAGNNGGUAUUUGAUGACAUUAAUGGUGCUGGCUGCAUUCCCCGUAAAGAAUGCCACUGUACCUAUGAAGGUGAAACUUAUGCUCCUGGUGCCUCCUUCUCAUCUAAAUGCAGAUCAUGUACCUGUGCUGGAGGUGAAUGGUCUUGUGUCACCCAGUCAUGCCCCGGGACUUGCAGCAUUGAAGGAGGCUCCCACAUUUCAACAUUUGAUGAGAAAUAUUAUUCCUUCUUUGGAGACUGUAGCUAUGUCCUAACCAAGCUCUGUAACAGCAAUGAAUUCACUGUUCUGGGAGAUAUCCACAAGUGUGGCCUCACUGACACUGAGACAUGCCUCAAGGGUAUAGCCGUCAGCCUUAGUGGAGGACAAACUAACAUUGUGAUCCAGUCUUCCGGCAGUGUAUUUGUGAAUAUGAUCUACACACAGCUCCCAUUCUCUGCAGCGAAUGUCACCAUCUUCAGACCAUCAUCUUUCUUCAUCAUUCUGCAAACAACCUUUGGUCUUCAGCUACAGGUUCAGCUCGUGCCUCUCAUGCAACUUUUUAUAGACUUAGACCCAUCGCAUAAAGGGCAGACCUGUGGUCUCUGUGGAAACUUCAAUGACAUGCAGACAGAUGAUUUCAAAACCACCAGUGGUAUAACAGAGGGUACUUCAGCUGCCUUUGGUAAUACUUGGAAAACUCGGGCUGAUUGUCCUGAUGCCAAAAAUACCUUUGAGAACCCCUGUACUGUCAGCAUACAAAAUGACCAGUAUGCCCAGCACUGGUGUGGACUGCUCUCUGAUACCAUGGGACCUUUUGGUGAAUGUCACUCAACAGUGAAUCCAGAAGUUUACCAGAAGAACUGCAUGUUUGACACGUGUAACUGUGAGAAGAGCGAGGACUGCAUGUGUGCUGCCCUUUCCAGCUAUGUCAGGGCCUGUGCCACUAAAGGAGUUCUCCUCACUGGAUGGAGGAGCAAAGCCUGCACAAAAUACACCACCGUGUGUCCAAAAUCCUUGAAGUACACUUACAAUGUCGAUUCCUGUCAACCCACCUGCCGGUCUCUGAGUGAGCCUGAUGUCACAUGCAGCAUCACGUUUGUCCCAGUUGAUGGCUGCACCUGCAUAAAUGGAACCUACAUGGAUGAAAGUGGCAAAUGUGUGCCUGCUUCCAGCUGUCCUUGUUACUACAAAGGAAUGCCUCUGUCUUUUGGAGAAGUUAUUCAUGAUAAUGGCAUUGUCUGCACUUGCACCAAUGGAAAGCUGAGUUGCAUUGGAGAGAAACCUCAACCAGUCUGCGUACCUCCUAUGGUCUAUAUUGACUGUGGCAAUGCCACUGCAGAUGUGGUAGGAGCAGGAUGCCAGAAGAGCUGUCAGACUGUAGAUACAGAAUGUUACAGAACCCACUGUGUCUCUGGCUGUGUAUGUCCUCAUAACCAAGUGUUAGAUGACAAAGGUGGCUGUAUAGCUCCAGAAGACUGUCCAUGUGUUCACAAUGGGAAUUCCUACAGUCCAGGAGAAUCAAUCCGAGUUGGCUGUAACAACUGCACGUGUAGAAACAGAAAAUGGUACUGCUCUGAGGAACCUUGCCUCGAAACCUGUUCUGUUUAUGGAGAUGGGCAUUACACCACCUUUGAUGGCAAACGCUUUGAUUUUGAAGGAGACUGUGAAUACGUUCUGGUCCAGAACUACUGUGGUCAACAAAGUAUGAAUCAGGGAACCUUCAGAGUCAUCACUGAGAACAUUCCAUGUGGCACUACAGGAACCACCUGCUCUAAGUCUAUUAAAGUUUUCCUGGAGAACUAUGAGCUGGUACUCAGUGAUGGACACUCUGAUGUUAUCCAGAGGACAACUGGAGGAAAAAUGCCAUUCCAAAUCCGUUCCAUGGGCAUCUACCUGGUGGUUGACACUACUGUUGGCCUAAUACUCAUGUGGGACAAGAAAACCAGUAUAUUCAUCAAACUUAGUCCCAGCUUUCAGGGACACAUCUGUGGACUUUGCGGAAACUAUGAUGGCAAUGGAAAUAAUGACUUCACUACUCGCAGUCAGUCUGUAGUAGGAAAUGUGCUGGAGUUUGCCAAUAGCUGGAAAGUGUCUUCUAGUUGCCCAAAUGCCAAUCGUACCAAGGAUCCAUGCACUGUGAACCCAUACAGGAAAGUCUGGGCACAGAAGCAAUGCAGCAUCAUUACCAGUAAAGUGUUUGCAAAGUGUCACUCCCAGGUUGAACCAAAUGAAUAUUAUCAAGCAUGCGUGGAGGAUGCUUGUGCCUGCGACACUGGAGGAGAUUGUGAAUGUUUCUGUUCAGCAGUAGCUGCCUAUGCUCAAGCGUGCAAUGAGCAGGAUGUCUGCAUUUCAUGGAGAACCCCAUCCAUUUGUCCUCUGUUCUGUGAUUACUACAAUCCACAAGGGGAAUGUGAGUGGCACUACAAGCCAUGUGGAGCCCCUUGUAUGAAGACCUGCAAUAAUCCAAGUGGGAACUGCCUUCAUGAAUUGAGAGGUUUGGAAGGCUGCUAUCCACACUGUCCAAAGAACAAGCCCUAUUUUGAUGAAGAAACCAUGACUUGUGUUUCUAAUUGUGGUUGUUAUGAAAAUGGAAAAAAUUACAAACCAGGAAUGCAGAUGCCUUCAAAUCAGAACUGUCAAUCAUGUGAAUGCACAAAUCAUGGCAAAAAAUGCAAAUAUGAUGAAUAUGAAUGUGUCUGCACUUAUGAGGGACAGAAAUACAACUACAAAGAUGUGAUCUACAAUACUACAGAUGGCACAGGAAGGUGUAUUGUUGCAACCUGUGGUCACAAUGGAAAGCUUCAAAGGGUUUACUAUAACUGUCCGAUCACAACACCACCUGCCACUACUUCCACAGUAUGUGUUCGUGAAGUCUGUGAGUGGUCAGAAUGGUAUGAUGGGAGUCUGCAAACCCCUGGCCCUGAUGGCGGAGAUUUUGAAACCUUUAAUGAUUUGAGAACUAAAGGUUAUGAUGUCUGUAAAACUCCACACGCUGUUGAAUGUAGAGCACAGAAAUUCCCUAAUAUACCACUGAAAGACCUUGGCCAAAAAGUAGAAUGCAAUACAACAGCUGGGCUUAUAUGUUACAACAAAGAUCAAAAUUCAACAAUGUGCAACAAUUACGAAAUCAGAAUCUUAUGCUGUGUUUUUGUACCAUGCUCUUCCACAACACAUUUCAGCAUGUCAACACCGAUGACAACUGCAGCUAAGAGCACAGAAACAUCAAGUCCAACUGAAGAAACUACAUCAUUUUCAACCACUACAACAUCAACAGUUACUACAGCUUCUGAAAGUACAAUAUUCAAACCUUCAGCUACUAAAGAAACAACCACAAGAAAAACUGAAAGGCCAACACCUGUCACCACUUCUCCUUCAACAACUCCUCUUUGCAGUAAAGAAGAAUGUUACUGGUCAAUCUGGUAUGAUGUCAGUUACCCAGGUUCUGGAUACAACGAUGGGGAUUUUGAUACAAUUCAAAACAUUGAAAAAGAAGGAUACAAAGUCUGUGAUAAUAGAAAGGCUGUUGAAUGCAGAGCA